GAGCCUGGCCGAGUGAUAUGAGGCCUGUGGUGAGGAGUGAAGCCUGAGCUAGAUUGCCCCUCCCGUCGACCGAGUGAUAUGAGGCCUGUGGUGAGGAGUGAAGCCUGAGCUAGAUUGCCCCUCCCGUCGACCGAGUGAUAUGAGGCCUGUGGUGAGGAGUGAAGCCUGAGCUAGAUUACCCCUCCCAUCGAGUAUGCCAAGAUGGCGCCCAUUUCCUGCUCCCUAGCUAGUAAACAACACGCCCUGUAAGCUAGUCUGCCCAGCAACAGCUGACGCUGGCCAAUCAGCUCGUCUUGCCUACUUUGAUGUGAUUGGUCGAGGUGUCCAUAUAUAUGCUGACACCACCCCUGGGGCGAGAACACACACACACACCAAGAAGAGGGACUGCUGAGAGAAGCACACAAGGAGCCGUAGGGAACGGACCAGAGGAGGCUUCCCUCAGGCGGGAUCCGAGAUCCCGGAACAGGGCGUACGGAGAGAGAAAAUAAACCAGAGGCUAUCCGCCGACUACUCGUGUCGUGUGUUUUUUCCUGCCGGCCGGGAACGACACCGACAUUUGGUGGCCCGUACGGGGAACUGAUCACCCCCGAGACGAGGCGGACGACGCUCCAGUAUUGCUCUGCAGGACAGGAACCAGGACGAGAACCAUUGUGGGUCCCAGAACGGCUGACGCGCGUGGCGAAUCCAACGAAACAUAAUGCAGGAGACACUCCAAAACUCAACGGCAGCGGACAGCCUAAUCAAGAUCGGUCCGACCAGGAUAUUGCUGCUCGACCGAGGAAUACCGUAUGACUUAUGGGACACAGUAAUGAUUAUGCUCUCGAUAGUAAUUGGCUCUCUUUUAGGGUACGGUGCAGCCAGAGUGGCUAGGCCACGCCGCCUUCCGGCAGCCCCCUUCCUUCUGGUUUUGAUGCUCACCACCACUACUGAAAUAGGAGCAGACUUGGUGUGGGCAGCAAUACAUCAUCCGCCAGCGCUAGCCGCUAUCUCCACCACAGCCCCCUCUCUCCCAAAGUUGUAUGCAAAAAACUGCUCCGCCAGAUUGCCUUGCAUACCAGAUAUACCGUUAACCAUCAGACCCAUACGUUUUGACCUUCCCAUCACCAAUGAUGUGGUCAUUUUUUCCACUAAUAGUAACCCCUCGUGUCACCGGGGAUCCUGCGUUAGCUUCCUGCCCCUCCUUGUAAAAUGGUACAAUACCUCCCUGACGGUGAGGUUGUCUGUCCCAUCCCUGCAUUCGCCUGGAUGUUUUAAAGCUGGCACACUUAGCGGCGGAGUCAUCACUUUUAACUCAACCUGCAAACCCCGAGCAGCCAUGCACACCCGUCCCGAUUUCCCCACAUGCCCAUACCGUGUGUCCCCAAGCCGAAAAAGACAGAUGGUGGACCUGUCACAACUUUCAUGGCAGCCCUGUACUGUCGACGGCGUGGGAGUGACUCAUCUAAACAUGUCUUGGUGGUCCCGGUUCUCUCCUCCAUCCGGUAGUAACAACAUAUUCGCGUUGACCUGGUGGGAGUCCUACCUGAGAGUGAACAACAAGUGGGCAAUAAGCUUCCCCUUCCCCCUUAAUGAAAAUUGGUUGUGUCUCUCCACCGGAGCCUGCAUGGACUUAAGACCCAUGCUCGCUAUUAACGCUUCUGCCUCUAAUGGAACCACCAAUGUCACCCUUAAUUCUGAGGCUGCAUGCGUAAAACCGCCCUACUUAUGGGUAUUCUCUGCUGACAUCUCCUUUAAGUGCAGUAACCAACCAUGCUUUACAGGGAACUGCUGGAAUGGGUCUUUCCCGUAUGCUAUGUUGGCUCUUCGACCCCCACUGAUGUGGGUUCCCUUUAACGAAUCUGUUUGGGUUCAUCCCGUCUAUCAGCAGGACCAACUACCCAUGCUCAGACGUAAGAGAGAUUUUGGGAUCACAGCGGCUCUGACAGCACUGUUCGUGACUCUGACUGCGACGGCUGUGACGGCUGCCGUUGCUCUGACCCAGUCUACGCUGACGGCUCAGGCCUUUACCAAUCUUACGGACACCACCUCCCUGGCGCUGAGGGAGCAACAAGAAGUCAACCUCCUCCAGCACAACGCCAUAAUGGCGUUACAGCAGCAGAUCGACCUAAUCGCUCAGGAAGUCCAGGGACUCUGGGAGGUGGCUAACAAUUUAUGUGACGCCAGAUGGGCAUUCACCCAGUUGUGCGUUACCCCCAUCCAGGUCAACCGUUCGGCUUACAGGCAAUUUCAAGAUUAUGUUCUCACCACCUAUAAUUCUUCCUUUUGGAACGCUAGCGUGCGCCUGGAUAUGACUAUCCGGCAGCUAGAUCAGAUAGAGGUGCCUAUACUUACAGCCUCCUUUUUUGAUGAUGUCCUAAGCCAGAUAGGCUCUUUCUUCAAACCUUCGUCACUUCUUGCGUAUGGGAUCAUUCUUGCUCUUGUGGCUGUCACUCUCGUGACUCUUAGGUGCCUGCGGUCGAUAAGGGCGACCCAAAAGACACAUAUGACAUUGAUGAUGUUGCUGGCCCAGAGUCAAGGGGAUUCCACACCUAGCGUUUUCUGGGCUCAGGCUAGAAAGGCACGGCUCCUUUAACCAGUACGUGGCUGCCCUCGCCAUUAUUCUUACGGAUGUUCUAGUAUUAUUACGUACGUCUCCUUCCCCGUCGCGGCUGCGAACUUAGACUAGAAGGACCCCACGCUUAAGGCGUGUUCCCAUUGAUAAUUAGAAAAUAGUAAUUAGUGAUUGUAGUGAACGGGGAUUAUGGUUGGUAAUUAGUGAUUACGCGGUUCCUCAAAUGUCACUCGGCAGACCCCUCCGUGUCUCCCCCAAGAUAUAAGCUUUAAGAGUUGAGUGGGCAAGCCAACGACGGGUAAGACGGGAGAAGUUCUCCUGAUCAACCUAAGACAGGCUCUACUCCGAGGGUCCUCUAGGGAGUAAGAGUUAUGGCAUUGAGAUGCGAGACCAAGGGUACUGCAGUGCCAUCCGCCUCAAGGGUUGAGGGGAAGGCAGGAAUGAAUGUCUAUAUGCAUCCAGGUUCGGUUCACAAAAGCCUGGCCCUGCGAAAAAAUGAACCACUCACCUUGAGCAUGGUCCUGGCGCAAGGAUAUGUACGAGACAAGGUGAUGCACAGCAGGGUAUAGACCUCUACAUUCUCUCAUGCCUCGGCCUGCGAAAUAGGCCCACUCCCAGACACCUCACAUGGACCCACAGACCACACUAUCUUAAUAAAUAAAGAAGGGGGAGAUGUUGGGAGCCUGGCCGAGUGAUAUGAGGCCUGUGGUGAGGAGUGAAGCCUGAGCUAGAUUGCCCCUCCCGUCGACCGAGUGAUAUGAGGCCUGUGGUGAGGAGUGAAGCCUGAGCUAGAUUGCCCCUCCCGUCGACCGAGUGAUAUGAGGCCUGUGGUGAGGAGUGAAGCCUGAGCUAGAUUACCCCUCCCAUCGAGUAUGCCAAGAUGGCGCCCAUUUCCUGCUCCCUAGCUAGUAAACAACACGCCCUGUAAGCUAGUCUGCCCAGCAACAGCUGACGCUGGCCAAUCAGCUCGUCUUGCCUACUUUGAUGUGAUUGGUCGAGGUGUCCAUAUAUAUGCUGACACCACCCCUGGGGCGAGAACACACACACACACCAAGAAGAGGGACUGCUGAGAGAAGCACACAAGGAGCCGUAGGGAACGGACCAGAGGAGGCUUCCCUCAGGCGGGAUCCGAGAUCCCGGAACAGGGCGUACGGAGAGAGAAAAUAAACCAGAGGCUAUCCGCCGA